UGCAGCUCGAUCGUUUCGUCGCAACCAUGGUAUGACACACCGGAUUGAGGUAGCCAGCCUAUAAACGCCGACCAGCAGCCAGCCGCCAGCCAUGAGCAAGCUAUUUCAAUUUCUGCUUCUCCUCCUGCUGCUGGGUGUCAAUGCCAGACGAACCGACGGAGAGAGACCUGCUGAUGACGUAUACGAUGGUCAGCAGCAGCAGCAGCAACGUCGCGGCUCCGUGCACAAGUCGAAUUACAACGGCAACAGUAAUCAUCACAAUCAUCAAUCGAACUCGCCGUAUUUGCCGUAUCAGCAGCCCAGAGAGAGAAAGCCCAAUAUUGUCUUGAUUCUGACGGACGAUCAAGAUGUCGAACUGGGUUCGCUGAACUUCAUGCCGCGGACCCUCAGGCGAAUAAGGGAUGAGGGCGCCGAGCUAAGACACGCAUACGUGACCACUCCCAUGUGUUGUCCGAGCAGGAGCUCUCUGCUAACCGGUCGUUACGUUCACAAUCACGAGGUCUUUACGAACAACGACAAUUGCAGCAGUCCCCAGUGGCAACGAGAUCACGAGCCUCACUCCUUCGCCGCUUACUUGAGUAACGCCGGGUAUCGAACAGGGUACUUUGGCAAGUAUUUGAACAAGUACAACGGCUCUUAUAUCCCGCCAGGAUGGCGGGAAUGGGGCGGUCUUAUAAUGAACUCGCGCUACUACAACUACAGCGUCAAUAUGAACGGCAAGAAGAUAAAGCACGGCUUCGAGUACAGCAGGGACUAUUACCCGGACCUGAUAGCCAACGACAGCGUGGCUUUCCUAAGACAGAGCAAACACAAUUCCGCCCGGAAACCGGUCAUGUUGGUCGCGAGCUUUCCCGCUCCACACGGCCCGGAGGACUCGGCGCCGCAGUUCUCGCAUCUCUUCUUCAACGUUACCACUCAUCAAUGGCGAGGACCGAGAAAUGAUUCCGUGAGCAAAAUAACACCAGCUGUCUAUAUAAGAACGCUAUUUCAAAAAUAUGGUUAUAAGUGUUCAGGUGUAGCGUCGGGGAUUACCGUGAUCAAGAAGGCGGUUCUCCCUCAGUCAUUAGGACUAUGCGCAGCUUGACUGUAAGCUAUACAUCGUAUGUUACAAUAUAGCUUAGGCGCAUAAUUUUUGGUAGUGUGGGGUGCUCGUGCUUCGAUGUACCCCACGGC